GUCUGGUUAGCCUGAUGUUUGUCUCGUUGGUCUGCUGUCUGGGUAGCCUGCUGUGUGGUUGUAUCGUCUGCUUUCUGUUUGGUUCGUUUUCUUUGGCUUUAAAGUCUGCUGUUUAUCUGGGUGAACGCUUGUCUUUCUCGUUAUUCUGCUGUGCGGCUGUACAUUCUGCUGUUUGAUUAGCCUGCUGUUUAGUUUGUAUGCUGUAUGGCUGCAUAGCCUGUUUGUAUAGCCUGCUGUCUGUUGUCUGCUGUCUGGUUAUUAUGUUUUGUGACUGGCACGUUUGGAUAGGAUCCGUGACUGUAGGGCACAAAGUAAGUUGGCGCACGCUGGUACAGUGUGAGUGUGUACAUAGAAUGUUAACGCGGGCCGCGCUGCUGCUUGACAUGCGUGUCACAUGGUGGGAUAUGCCGAAUGGUGAUGACUCAUUUAGGCCGUCUGGGUCCCGUCUCAAUCCCGCCCAUUGUCUGCGUGCAUACACGCACACGCACGCUUGCACGGCAACACGGAAUCUCACACUGCUACUGGCGACGGCAGCGCCUUCAUACCCAACUUUGCCUGCGUCCUCCGUGCAGUCUGGCGGGCGGUCCUCUCCCCUGCCUCCGCGAGCCGUUCAGUGCGCGACUGCCGCGGCCGUGCGAUGUUGGGAAGGAGCCGUUACGGCUCAGGAGGCGCCUAGGGGAGUUUCUGCGAGGCCACGUUCGCUCGCUUCCCACCGGCGCUUUUGAAACGGUGUCGUGGUGCGUGAGGGCGGCGGGGCCGUGGCGUAGUGAAGCUGCCAUGGCGUCCAGCGUGCAACUGGAGGUACCGGAUUUUGGCAGUGCCGUCUUGUGCAGCCUCAACGAGCAGCGCAUGCAGGGCCUCUACUGUGACGUGACGGUGCGUGCCCGCGGACAGGAUUUCCGCGCGCACCGCGCCGUGCUGGCCGCCAGCAGCGCCUACUUCCGCGACAUAUUCGCUAGCACAGCAAACGCAGAGGACGGCUCGGAGGGGCCCCUACAGGUGGAACUGCCUCCUGCGAUCCAGCCAUGCUCGUUCCAGCAGGUGCUCACCUUCUGCUACACGGGGCGGCUCAGCCUCCCGGCGUGCGAACAGUUCCUGGUGAUGUACACGGCCGGCUUCCUGCAGAUCCGUGGCAUCGUCGAGCGGGGCGCUGAGCUCGCGAUGGCUGCCAAAGUGAGCUCCCCACGCUGCGACUCACAGACGGCUCCACAGCCGGAGGACGGCCUCUCGGAGUCGGAGAGUUCUGCGGCGGAGACCACCUCGCAGGGCGCCCCACACCUCUACCGCCUCACCCACCAGCCCUCCCCGCCGGGGCAGGGCCCAGGGCAGGGGCAGGGCCAGGGCCCUGGGCAGGGCCACGGGCGACAUGUGCAGGGCCCGGGGAGGGAUGGGACCACUCCGCCGGGGGCGGCCUAUCAGCAACACCCGAAUCGGCACUCCCCACCUGGGCAGACGCAUGCGUCGCGCGCGCACGCAGGGCAGUCGAGCCCUGCGCACGCGUUGGCCGGACAGCAGGGCUCGGGCAACCGGCUACAUGGGUUGCUACCGCGCGUGAAAUUAGAGGGCGGAGGAGACGCGCAGCAGGCGGUGAUUCAGUGCGUGCCAACGCACAAGCGGCUGUACGAGGGCCCUGGGGUGCAAGGCAACGUGGCCAGCAAGGCCCAGCGCAACAGCCAUGGCGGGGCCACAGCGUCUGGUUAUGCAGGGCGCGGCGACCAGGACAGCCCUGGUGCCGGCAGCUGCCUGCAGGGUCGGGACAGCCCAGCAGGGGCAGGGGGCAGUGCCUUUGGGCUAGAGGAGGGGGAGGGGGAGGAGGAAGGAGACGGGGAGGUGGGGGACGAGGAGGAGGGAGAAGAGGAGCCUUACGAAGAGGGUGGCGACGAAUACUACGGCCACGUGUACAGCAUGAUGUCAGCUGCCUAUCACUCGGUUUGUGAGCGUGUAGAGUCUCUUCCCACGGCCCGUGGCUCGCGCUGCGAGCUGUCUGCCCUGCCUCCCGACCUACUCACACAGAUUGGUCAGCGUUGCCACCCUCAUCUCUACUCCGAGGGAGACCCUGGGGAGAAGCUUGAGCUGGUAUCAGGAACGGGCGUCUACAUCACGCGGGGGCAGCUCAUGAACUGUCACUUGUGUGCCGGCGUGCGGCACAAGGUGCUGCUGCGCCGUCUGCUUGCAGCAUUCUUUGACCGAACCACUCUGGCAAACAGCUGUGGCACUGGGAUUCGCUCUUCCACGAACGAUCCAACGCGCAAGCCGCUGGACAGCCGUGUCCUCAAUGCUGUUAAACUUUACUGCCAGAAGUUCGCCCCCAACUUCCGCGAGAGCGAGAUGAACGUGAUCGCGGCCGACAUGUGCACCAACGCGCGCCGGGUGCGCAAGCGCUGGCUGCACUCAGCGCUGCCUGACAGAGACAUCAUGUACCACGGCCUCCUGCCCGACCUGCAGGGCUGCUACGAGGGCCCGGAUGGGGAGGCCGAGCCGCCGGACCAGGGUGGCUCAGGGGGGGCCCUGCACUCGGAGCACGCAGCAGUGGUUGGGGGGGGCGGCCUCCCUGACCACGCGUCGUCAUACGACGGCUCCGACCCGGCCGUGCACUCGUACGAGAGCUCGGGGGACGAGGCCAGGGGGAACUUGACGAGCGGCUAUGAGGGACAGCACUGAGAGGGGCGGCGGUGCUGGGGAGGAGGGGGGCAUCCUCUUCCCCCCCCACCCCCCUGUGCAGCAAUGCCGCGAGAGGCCUGCGCAGGGUAGGCAACGCUUUUUACGUAGAUUUUUUUGUGAUUUUAGGUGGGGGCCGUGUAAACAGCACGUGGACGGUGCGAGCGAGAGAUCGUGUGAGCAAAAUAAGAACUCGUCCGGCAUCGAGACUGUUAGUGUGUACGUUGUAGUGUGCGUGUGCUUUAGGAUCGGUUGACAUCGUGAGAGAGUCUCGACGGCGGUACAGGUCUGUUCAGAGUUUUUGAAGAAGCACAUGGACACGUGUGAGCCACGCGGCAAGAAUGUCACCGGCCGCGCAGCCUCUGAAACUAGGACCUUUUAAUGAGUGGAAGAAAGUGGAGAUUGGUCGGCCUUCCAGGACAAGGAGUUGUCUUGCUUCUUUCUGUUUCCAUAUCACCACAUCGGGGCUUAUGUGCAAAAACAGAAUCCCAAGUCUUUUGUCAGGAGCGUGGCUUUUAUAUGAUGCAAGUGGUAAAUUGCACUGCUAAGAGGUUUAGAUUUAAGAAAAACCUUUGACGACCAAAUUGGCAUCGCAGGGGAAGCAAUGUGACGGUGCCCAACAACCCAAACGUGCUUGGCGACUCCAUGAGGCGCCUGCCGGUGGCUGUGUUGUGCUGCCUUGAGUGGUUCUAAAGUAGACGCCGCUCGCUCUGGGAGUUGCUGCUUUGACUCCAGACAGCAGAAGUGACUGCGCUGCGUUACAAGUUACGCCGUCAAAAAACCCAGCGGUGGCAAACUUUUGUGUAUUUUGAUUUAGUAGCAUCUGUAAGACAGGCAGAAUUUUAUACACUAAUUUAUUUUCACAACUACUAAUUUGCAUUAUUAAAACAUUUUGUAAAUAAAUUAAGACAUACAACAGUAAA